UUUUUGAUCAGUUUUAUUUCUAGUGGAUAUUUAAAGAGAAAAUGCCAGCUUCCUGUGUGAUUCCGGACUGCAAUUUAAAGUAUACUCACAGUGGAGAUGUUUCAUUUCAUAAGUUUCCACUAAAGCAUCCCGAACUGCUCAAGCAAUGGAUCGAGUUUGCAGGACGAGACGAAAGUUGGGUACCGACCAAGUGGAGUGCGGUUUGCAGCAGACACUUUGUGGAGAACGACUUCAAGGAUUGCCCAUUACGAAAAAUGCUCUUACCCGUAGCGGUUCCGACGAUACGUAAAGUAGAAGAAAAAGAAUGCCGUGUAGUUGACUCACAUUUGGCAACGCCAUACGAAACUAUUCCUACCGAAGAGAUUCCUUUCCCGGACGACGAACACCUUCAUGAGGACAUAGAAGUUUCUUCCGUAACGCAGUGUCGCAUAUCCGCAUCGGAGAAUGUCGACGAUGAGUUGCACGAUGAAGAGAACCAGCUCAUUGAAAUCACAUGCCGUAUUUGUGGUGAGGUUUUUAAUCGAGCCUUAGGCAACGUACUGUUGGAUCUUUCGCAAUCGAUCGAAGUUGUUACGAAGUACCUGCCGUUUGUGAACCCCGAGUUACCCAAUCUCCCGCGGAAGAUUUGUAUGAACUGUUCGCAAAUGAUCAAUAGUUUUGCAAAGUUUUGCGACAACGUUAUACGAGCACAAACGGAUUUGGAACAACGGUUUGCGCGGAGUAACAUCGGGUCGCCAACUCAAAAAUCAACGACUGCAAGACUUCAACCGGAAACAGUCCCAAACAAGUCGAUGAACAUAAAGCAAGAACCGAUCACGAUGUUACACAUCAAGGAAGAGAAAAUUGAAUCGACCAUUGGUGGAUGCCGCCAGAAGGAACCUGAGCGGUCCAGUGAAACGUUUGAAAAAAGUCCGGUGAUAAUAAAAAACCAAUCCACCACCGGGGAUCACAAUAGUAUCAUUCUAUUCAACGUAGGCAAUGAACGAUCGAAUGACACGAUCACUCCCACCAUUGUCAAGCAACAGCAGUUCCGGGAGUCAUCCAAAAAUUGUGAAAUUCUCGAGAUAGUUAACUUGUACCCACCGAUUGUGGACAUUACUAGUACGACGAUCAGAGAGUUGCAACCGUAUGAGAUCACGCUACCUCCCGCCAUGCCGAUAACCAACACGGACCCGGUGCCAUCGAUACAGCAGCCAUCCAUGGCGACGCAUUUCAUGAGUGGCUUGAAGGUGGAGAAAAUGACCGAACAAGAAUUGGAACAGGAUGACUACUAUCUGCGGGAUGCGCUUGCUUUCACGAACACACUAGAGGAGCAUAGCUACACGAAGCUUCCGAUCCAGGCCGACGAUAAUAAGGACGAUGUAUUCCACACCAUGAGUGACACAAACACCUGUGCCGAGUUGGUCACCAUUCUCGAGGAGCGGAAAAGCAAUAUUGUAAAUAGUUUUAACUGGAUUUGUGCCGAUUGUUGGCGCAAAUUUCCAAACCGUCGUCGUCUUUUGUGCCAUACGCUGUUAGAAUGUCCAGCGCGUCGGAGACUAGCAGUAGGCUGUAAUUUUUGUCGCCGGAAAUUUCCCACCUGGUCAAGAGCAAGGGCACACGUUGCCAUGUGUUUGAAACGGGUUGCUAGGAGAAAACGAUGCACAGUCAAAGCAAUCCUUGAUCGGUCUAAAAAGGCGAUUCCACAAGCGGAACCUGAAAAGCCUUCGAAUCAAGAGGAGGAGGUAAUUAUUACCCGCUACACGUGUUCGAUGUGCGAUCGAUCAUAUUCCAAUACCUCCAAUUUACGACGGCACCUGCUCACCCACCGACCGCCCGAGCAGUGGAACCACAAGUGCGGAGUUUGCCAGAAAGUGUUCGACAAACUCUUCGAUCUUAAGAGGCACCUGCAAAUCUCACCUUGUGCGAAUAGUCACCACGCGGUGGCUACGGAUGAUUCUUCUUCGGUGUCUUCGGAACAGCCCGAGGGAGUUGCAUUCUCUAGCUCUGUGAUAAACACAACGAAUCCGUCAACCGAGCGGCUUUUGUACGUGUGUUCGACGUGCAAUAAACAUUUUCGAUCGUACAACAACCUGAAAGUGCACGAACCCAUUCAUACCGGGCUGAAGGCAUUCAUUUGUGAGGCAUGCGGGAAGAGUUUCACCGGCCAGACGAACCUUUGGCAGCACCGGCUGACACACUCCGAGCUGCGACAGUUCCGGUGUAAGCUGUGUCCGAAAGUUUUCAAACGGCGUGGCGGAUUAUCGCAGCAUGUUCGAUCGUUUCACAUGAAAAUCAAACCGUACCGAUGCGCCACUUGUGGGUACGAGUAUGCCCUGAAGGCGGACAUGACUCGCUGUCGGCAUUCGAAGCUAAAAGAUUUGGAUGCAUGCUAAUUUAUACAUGUCGGGAACCAGUACCAAUAAAGAGAGAUUAAAAGAAAGGAGAAAGCCAAAGAUUCGGUAUUUGAAUGCCAAAGAAACAAACCCACACCGGUUCAUGGAACAUAUUGUGUACAGUAUUUUUAUUCAAGAGCAACUACAGAUUAACAGA